GACCUUCAAGUUCCCUGGACCGAUGUUAUCUUGAUGGCGGUGGGUGGAUGGAUCGUCCCAAUCUUCGUCCCAGACCCCUAUGCGCCUAUACUCCUCGUUAAACGCGCCGGACAGCUGUCACGAAUAACGGGAAAAUGCUACCGAAGCAAGAUCGACCUCGAAGAAAAACCUAAGUCACAUUAUCACGACGUCUCCAAACCUCUUUGUCACGGCCAUGGGUCCCCUAUCGUGUUGCUCUUCACCUUCUACGCAGCAACCGUAUAUGGAACCCUCUACAUGCUUUUUGAUGCGUAUCCGGUGGUGUACGAGUGAGGCCCAGGCUGGAACGCUGGGGUUGGAGGUCUGCCGUUCAUCGGAGUCAUGGUCGGC